AUGAUAUAAGAAUAUAUUGAAAAAUCAUUAAAAUCUGAGAGCCUUAUACAAUAUUUGGAGAGGAAAAUUAUGGAUACUCUUAUUUUAAAAUAAAAUUUUUAUAAUAUUUUAAAGAAUUCUUGUUAAGAAUUGAUAGAUGAUCUUGAUUUUAAUAAGCAACUAUAUUCAUUAUGUGAAUAAGUAUAUGAAGUGAAUAAAAUUUUAAAAUUUAAUUUUUAAAAUACACCAAAUUAAAAAAUACAUGGGUUAUACACUUUUUUUAUUGGCGAAAUUUUAUCAAACUAUUAUAAAUCAGUAUAAUUUUACAAAAAUUCAAAGUGUUUAGAAGUAGAAUUAAAUAAAUUUUAGCAAAUAAUAAAUUUUAAUAUAAACUAAAAAAAUGUGCAUUAUACAAUUUUAGAAUUAUGUGAUGAUAUGCAAAAUUUGAAUUUAAUAGGUCACUCUUAAAACUUUCAUGAUAAUUUUGGAACAUGUUAGAAGAAAUAAAAAUUGUUUGAACAUUUAUUACCAGAUUGUUUGAUUCCCUAUCAUAAUUUAUAUGUCAAACGAUUUUUUGAAACAGGAACCAGUAAAUAUUUUAAUAUUUUCCAGAUCAAUUUUAUUAUGAGCAACACUUAAAAUAUAUUAACUACUGUAAAUAUGUGUUAUUCUGUUACAAAUCUAUUCAAAAGCAAAAAUAUGAUAUUUGCAGUAUUUCUACAAGAAUCAACCUAAGAUAAAGCUUAUUUAUUUGUAGAUGGAAAUAAUUUAAAAUGCAAAUUUACUAAAAACUUAAUGAUUCAAAUAGGGUGGUCUAUACCUGAUAUUGAAGACUAAAUUAAAAUAAAAGAAAUAUUGUAAGUAGAAAUUCUUUAAAUAUAUCCAGAUUUCUUAAAUGUAAUUGAAAAUAAAGAAAAUGAGAUUAAAUUAAAUUAAAUAACAAUGUAUUUUCCUUCUCUAUCUAAUUAUUUAGAUUAAAUAGAAAAUAAAAGUAAAUAAUCUCCUGAUAGAGGAAGAUAAAAUCUGAGAUAUAUUGCUGUAGUUUGCGAUAUUUUAAUUUAGAGAAGGGAAAUAGGAGAUUUUUGUUAUUAUUUACUGGAUAUUGUAAAAAUGGCUGAAUUAAUAAAAAUAAGGAAAAAAACUACUAUCCAUAAAGUAGAAUUGUUGAAGUAAAUUAAAUAAAAUAAAUAUUAAAAUGAUGAAGAAUAUAUUGUAUAUUAGUAAGAUGAUUCUCCUAAUAUUGGGAAUUUAAAUAGUGUAAAUUUUAUAAAUUAAUAACAAAUUGGUUCUAUAUAAAAUAGUACUAAACCUCUAGUUUUAUAAGUUAAUCCAAUGUUUGUUAGUAAUUCUCCAGUUCUUAAUUCAAGAAGGGAAGAUACUAUUAAUUAAACUGAAUAAUAGUUAAUAACUCAAAAACUUAGUUUGCUUAAAGAAGAUCUUGGUUCUCCAAGUUUGUAAAGCAAUGAUGAUGAAGAAAAGUCCUAAAAAUCUAAAGGCAUAUAAUUAUAAGAGACUUAGACAGAAACAGAUAAGAUUUAAUUAAAAUAUUCAUUAAUUAAUUAAAUUAUUUCUGCUAGUACAACAAGAUACUAAAAAAAUUUUAUGGUUUUGUUUAGUAUUUGGUUUUCAAUAUUUAUUACAUUUAUAAUAGUAUUAUAAAUUGAGCUUAACAAUGAUUUAGAAGAUUUUUUAUCAUAUGGAUUUAUGACAUCAUUUUAUGCUUCUAUCAUGGGACCUCAUGAUCUAUAUUUUUCGAUGAGAGUUGCAUUGACUACUUAUUAGUAAAUGAAUAGAGAAGGUUUUUUACCUAGUAGUUAAAUGAAAUAAUUUAUUGCUCCUAUUUAAGAAAUUGUUGAUCUAGGUUAUAUUGAAUUAAGAGAUAGCUUUUAUGAUCAAUUAAACAAUCCUUAUAUAUAAAACUUUUUAAAUGAUGCGAAAGUUAUUAUGAAUUUUAUGAAUAAAAAUGAAUAAGAAGUUUAUCCAAUUGAAGUUUCUUUUAGAGAUGCAUUAUUUACAAUCUUGUAAUAUUAAUAUGCUGCUAUGAGGACAUUAUAACGUGGUGAAAGCAAUUCUGGCAAACCAUUUUAAGUAUCUGUCUUUGCUAAUUAAUUUAUGCUUCAUAAAGAAUGUGAAAAAUUAACUUAAUCUUUGUAUGAUUAUGCAAUAUAUAUGCAUAGCAAUAUGAUUUAAAAACUAAUAACAUUAUGGUUAAUCUUUGAUAUUGCUUUAAUAAUCUUCUAUAUUUAUUUGUAAAAUUUCUAAAUAAAGUUUUUCUCAUAAUUGGAUAAAUUUGUCUCACUUAUAUUUUUGAUUGAUAAUCCUAUUUUGAAUAAGGAAGUAAUAAGAUAUAACAAUUUGAUGACAUCUAUUAAACUUAAUUCUGAUCUAUUAUUAAAUUAUAACCCUGAGGUUCAAUUAUAAUAACAUUUCAACAAGCCAUUACAAUCUCAUGAUAAUUAAAAUUAAAAUUAGAAAUAAAAAUAAAGCCUUUAGGCCAUAAUAAAAAGCAGAAGUCUAAUUAAAAUCCUUAAUAUUUCAUUCCUUAUCUUUUUAUUAUCCAUCAUUCUUAUUUUUUCUUUAAUCAUAAUUACUUCUACUUCCCUUUUUUUUAGUAAGUAUGAUGAUACACUUUAGUUCUAUUAAUAAGUUUAAUAAAUGAAAUUUAGACCUGGUAAUCUAAUUUUAUAUAGAGAAAUAUUCUUUAGGUGGCAGAAUUUUACUUUUCUAACAUAAAAUAAUAAAGUAGAACUUUAUGAUUUAAUUAAUAAAGCCUAAAAUUCAAUUUAUAAUUACAUCUUAACUUCAAACUCAAUCAAUUAUGAUCUAUAUUUGAUAGAUUCAAAUUUUAUAGAUUUAUUUGAAGAUAUCAAUAAAAAUAAUCUUUGUAAUUUUAUUGAUGAAGUAUUUUAAUAUAAUAAAUUUAGAAAUUUAAAAAUUCAUCCUAGAUAUAUUGUUAAUUCUCCUUUGAUGGAUCAUUUAGCAAUGGAAUGAUAUCGGCAUUGAAUUACAUUACUAAUUAUAUUAAAUCUUAAUAAGCAAUAAACAAUUUUACUCGAAGAGUUGAAAUUUAAUAUUAUGAAGCAGAAGGUUCACAAAUUGUUAGUAGAGUAUUUUCUAAUUUAGUUAAUCAGUUUAAUUCUAGUUUAAAACUAUAAUUUGAUGGCAUGAAACUAUUUUUAACAGUAUAUUAUUUGUUUCUUAUAUUAGGUUUUAUCAUUUUCAUUUAUAAUUACCACUAUUGUGAUAUAAAUCUUGCUAUUUUAUUUUUAUUCUCCAUAUUUAGGUAGAAUAAUGAAAAUUAUCAAAAGAGUAGUCUACUUGAUACCUUUUGAAUCACUAAUGAAGAAUGAAUUAUUAGUGAGAUAGUUAAAGGAACUUAAAUUUAAAUUUUAAUGA